CUAGUUUUUGAGACAUCCAGAUUGUUUAGGGGAGGAGAAUCGGUGCUCAUGUGAAAAUGGCGUCUCCGAAAACACUGCCUAAAGAUGCACAGGUUAUGGUCCAGAUUCUUAAAGACAUGGGAAUCACUGAAUAUGAGCCCAGAGUCAUCAAUCAAAUGCUGGAGUUUACAUACAGAUAUGUAACAACUAUUAUUGAGGAUGCAAAGAUAUACUCCACCCAUGCCAAGAAGUCCACUGUGGAUGCAGAUGAUAUAAGGUUAGCUAUUCAGUGUCGAGUGGAUCAAUCCUUCACGUCUCCACCACCACGAGAUUUUCUGUUAGAGGUAGCAAGACAGAAGAAUAUAACUCCAUUGCCUUUGAUCAAGCCGUACACUGGUCCCAGGCUUCCUCCGGAUCGCUACUGUCUGACCGCACCAAACUACAGGCUUAAGUCCUUACAGAAGAAGGUGUCUUCAUCUGCUGGCAGGAUAACAGUACCACGGUUGAGUGUGGGGCCAGUGUCCAGUAGGCCAAGCACUCCAACACUUGGUACACCCUCAGUGCAGACAGUGGGGACAAAGGUGGGCACGCCUGUGUCACUGACAGGCCAGCGCUUUACCGUUCAGAUUCCACAGGCGGCUUCUGUUAAGUCUGCCACUCCAACCACUCCCACAGUUCAGAAUGUCUUAAUAAACCCCUCCCUCAUCGGCUCCAAGAAUAUCCUCAUCACUACCAAUAUGGUGUCCCAGAAUUCAUCUAGUGACUCUACCUCUCUGAAGAGGAAGCAUGGAGAUGAGGAUGACUACGAUGCUUUAUGACCUGCUGUGUUUUCUUACUAGUAGAGGGUGUGAUUUUGUAAAUAAGCAGUCAUCAUUUCUGAGUAAUUACUUCAGCAGCUGUGUCUUGUUUAGGUUAUCACACAAUAACAGUAAUGCCAUUGCCAUUUAUUAUCCAUUUUUGUAUGUAAAAAAUAAUAAAAACGAAUG